AUUCGAUUUGAGGCGAAUGACCCUAGCAAUACGGCCCAUUGCUAAGAAGCCAUGUACAAGGAAUCAGCCCGCUAUGUGAUCGACAGACCUGUGUACUCUCUGCCUUGCUUUGAUGCGGAAUACGACAAAAAGAGCCGUACUUUCCCAUUACGGGAGAAAAUUGGAAAAUUCUUCAGAUGUUCAGGACCACGCAUCAAGGCUUUGCUGUUCCGACACCUGCCAGUGCUCAGCUGGCUGCCCAAAUAUAAGUUCAAGCAGAACCUCCUGUGUGAUGUCAUCAGCGGCGUCAGCGCCGGUACCAUCCAGGUUCCCCAAGGAAUGGCUUUCGCCUUGUUAGCCAACCUGCCUCCAGUCAAUGGACUCUACUCAUCCUUUUUCCCCCUAAUCCCUUACUUUUUUAUGGGCACCGUCCACCAAAUGGUACCCGGUACUUUUGCCGUCCUCAGCAUCAUGGUGGGCAUGGUAUGCCUGAGUCUAGCUCCUGACUCUGAGUUCAGCCACUUCAACACAACCCUCAACAAGACUGUGGUGGAUGAAGAGAGGAUGAACCAGGUUCGCCUUGGCAUCUCCGGGACCUUAGCCUGCCUCACUGCCAUCAUACAGAUGGGCCUCGGAUUGAUGCAGUUUGGCUUUGUGGCCAUCUACCUGUCUGAAUCCUUCGUCCGUGGCUUUAUGACCGCUGCUGGGCUGCAAAUCCUCAUCUCUGUGCUUAAGUACAUUUUUGGGAUACGAGUCCCGCCCUACAGCGGCCCGCUAGCAGUCAUCUAUACCCUGGUGGACAUUGUCUAUGGACUCCCCCAUACCAACGUGGCCUCCCUGGUCUUUGCCCUUAUAAGCAGUGUGGUGCUCUUCACCGUGAAGGAGCUGAGUGCUCGCUACCGCCACCGGCUCCCCUUCCCAAUCCCCAUGGAGAUCAUCAUAGUGGUGGUUGCUACAGCUAUCUCUGGGCCUCUGGACAUGCCAAGGAAAUACCACAUGGACAUCGUUGGAGAGAUUCCUCUCGGGUUCCCCACACCCACCCUCCCCAAAGUGAGUGAGUGGGAGGUCAUGCUGAGCACAGCCUUCUCUCUGGCCAUUGUAGGAUAUGUCAUCAACCUGGCUAUGGGCAGGACACUGGCAGCUAAGCAUGGCUAUGAUGUCGACCCCAAUCAGGAGAUGCUGGCCCUGGGCUGCAGUAAUUUCCUGGGCUCCUUCUUUAAGAUCCACGUCAUCUGCUGCGCCCUGUCUGUCACCCUGGCCGUGGACAGCGCCGGCGGCACGUCGCAGUUUGCCAGCCUGUGUGUGAUGUUGGUGGUAAUGAUCACCAUGUUAGCUUUGGGAGCCUAUCUGCAGCCACUGCCUAAGUCCGUCCUGGGUGCUCUAAUAGCCGUCAACCUGAAGAACACACUCCUCCAGCUCUCAGACCCCUUCUACAUGUGGAAGAAGAACAAACUGGACUGUUGUGUGUGGGUGGUGUCCUUCCUGGCCACGUUCUUCGUCAGUCUGCCUUACGGCGUUGUGAUCGGGGUGGGAUUCUCAGUCCUCGUGGUCAUUUUCCAGACACAGUUCCGAAAUGGCUCAGAGGUGGGGCAGAUCGCUGACAGUGACCUAUAUAGGAACCCUAAGGUCUACAGUAAGGUGAAAUUUGUGGAGGGAAUUAAAAUCGUCAACUACUGCUCCCCUAUUUACUUUGCCAAUGCAGAAAUAUUCCGCCGAAAAGUGAUUAAAAAGACUGGGCUGGACCCAGGAAAACUGCUCUUAGCAAGGAAGAAAUUUCUGAAGAAGCAACUGAAGGAGAGUGAGAGCCAGGACACGGGGACAAAGAGGAAGGGAGGCUCCCUGGUCACCAUGAAGACCCAGACCAUAUCGCAGCUGGUUCUACAGAAUGACUUCGACUCCAGCUCCACCAGCAGCCCCAAGAGUGAAAUGCCCACGGCGUACGUCAACUUCAGCUGCAACAUCUUGGACGAAAGCGACCCAGAGCCGACCCCGGACCUCCCCGGCAGUCCGCCCGUCACCAUGGAGCCCUGGCCCCUGCCUUUCCACACCCUUGUUCUGGACCUGGCAGGAGUCUGCUUUGUGGACCUCAUGGGCAUCAAGGUGCUGACUAAGAUGAGCUCCAGUUACGAGAUGCUGGGGAUCAGUCUGUAUCUGGCCAACAUCCAAGCUCAGGUGUAUGACGAACUUGAAGCCGGUGGGGUUUUCGAAGAAGGCAGUAUGGACCGCGGCCACCUCUUUGCCUCCGUCCACGACGCCAUCCUCUACGCCCAGCAGAGGGCCAGGAUCACCGGGAACAGGAGCAAGGUAGAGAGAGAGACGCAAGAGCUGACCUUUGACCUUCAGGAAGAGGACCGUGAUCUGGAACAGGAAAUGUUCUGAGCAAUGAUCUGUCAUCCUGACAUUCGUAUUGUGAUGCACCAGUCCUCCCUUCAUCAGCAAUAGGCAAGAAGGUGGAGCAGAGAAUUAUGGGAGGAACUAAUACUGCAGUAACAAGACAAUUAUUACAAUGAAUAUUAAUUUGUGAUGGAGCACAGAAUAAGCAAUUUUAGGAAGUUAAUGCCUUAUAUGUGAAUUAUUACAAGAAACAAUCUUUAUUUGG